AUGAAUUUAGCAAAAGAUCCAGUUAUUAGACGUCGACUAAUGCAAAUGACAAUAGAAAUAUUCGAUAAGGCUGUUAUUUCAGUAGCUAAAGCUGCAGCAUCAGAGCUUACAAUUGCUGAAAAGAAAGCUAUUGACAGAUUAGUUGUUAAAUACAUCGAAACAGCAAAAUACGUCGUUGUUGCCUUUAGAAACGCAAUAAGUAUUCUAAAAGAAACAGGAGAUUAUUAA